AUGGCUGAACGUAAAUUAGUUGGUAAUUAUAAUUUAGGAGCUAUCAUUGGUAAAGGUGGAUUCGGUACAGUGUAUCAAGGAUUGGAUGUCGAGAAUGGAGAUUUCGUUGCAAUCAAACAGAUCAACUUGACAAAGAUCCCAAAGGAUCAACUGCAGGGUAUCAUGAAUGAAAUCGAUCUCUUGAAGAAUUUGAAUCACACCAACAUUGUAAAGUAUAUUCGAUACGUAAAGACCAAGGAGUGUCUCUACAUCGUACUGGAGUACGUCGAGAAUGGUUCACUGUCUUCGAUCAUCAAAAAGUUUGGAAAGUUUCCAGAGACUCUUGUCUGUGUAUACAUUCGACAGGUACUCGAGGGUCUCGUCUAUCUUCACGAGCAGGGUGUCGUUCACAGAGAUAUCAAAGGUGCCAACAUCCUCACCACCAAAGAAGGAAAGAUUAAGUUAGCAGAUUUUGGUGUCGCUACAAAGUUUGAUGAUCUUCAAGCGGCGUCAGUCGUAGGAACACCUUAUUGGAUGGCACCAGAGAUUAUAGAGUUGAAUGGUGCAACGACAAAGAGCGAUAUUUGGAGUGUUGGAUGCACUGUUAUUGAGUUGCUAACGGGUGCACCACCCUACUAUGACUUGGGACCGAUGCCAGCACUCUUUAGAAUCGUGCAGGACGAUUGUCCACCACUACCCGAGGGUAUCUCACCGGCACUCAAAGAUUGGCUGAUGCAAUGCUUCCAAAAGGAUCCUAAUCUUCGUAUCUCUGCACAAAAGCUACUCAAACACAAGUGGAUUCUCGCUGCCAAGAAAAAGCAGGAGCUCGAAGAGGAGCCUGCCAACAUCGAGGAUCUCGCCAAGAACAUUCAAGACUACAACGAAAGAAUCAACAAAAAGAAAAUAUCUAAUCAUCAAAGAAAACCAUCUCUUCAUCCAAAGAAUCAAAAGAAUAAGUUAAAUUUACCUCCACCUGAAGAGGAGGAUAAUGAAUGGGGAGAUGACUUUAGUGCAACUCCUAAAUCUUUAAAGCUACCAGGAGAUAAUAAUAAUAGUAAUAAUAAUAAGAAGUCACCACCACAAAAGAAAGAUCCACCUCGUGUUAUAUCUAAUAAGAUAUUAAAUCCACCACCAGCUAAUAACAAUAGCAGUAGUAGUAAUAAUAAUGGUGAUUUAAAGUUGGCACCGAGAGCAGUUCAACCAGAGUCUGAUGAUUUGGAAUGGGGUGAUGACUUUGAUGUUGGAUCGAUAAAGACACAGGAUUUAAGUAGAGCACUUGGUGCAAUGAAAGAUGAUGACGAUGAUUUCGAUAGUGGAUUCGAUUCUGAUUUCCCAACUCAAAUUAAAAUUAACAAUAAACCAACGACAACAACUACAACAACAGCAAAACCACCAACAUCACAUAGUAAAUCAAACUCUAACAAUAAAUCGACUACACCACCAUCGACAGACAGCAAAAAGAGUAUUGACAAAUGGGGAGAGAAUAAUAAAGAUGAAGAUGAUUGGGGUGAUGUUGCUACUAUGAAUUUCGAUGCUAAAGUUGUAAGAAAAGGAUCAAUACAUCAACCAGAUUUAUCAACGAAAUUAAAGAACAAAAUGUCUUAUUCUGCUGAUAUAAAUGAAGAUGGAGAAGAUGAUGAUCCAUUCAAUGAGACAUUCGAUGAUUUCGAUGAAGAGUUUGAUUUAGAUAAGAAUUUGAUGAAAGAUAACUAUGCAAAGAUGUCAGAGGAGAUUUUAAAGUUGAUGAAUCAAUUACAAAUAGAUCAAUCGGAACAAGUUAUUUCUACUGCAUGUGAACAAUUGAUUACACUUUUCAAAGAAAAUCCAGAUCAAAAAACAUUGUUGAUUAGAAGACAUGGUGUCAUUCCUAUUAUGGAGAUGUUGGAAGUAUCAAAUUCAGAGGUAAUCUGUUCGAUUCUAAAGGUUGUAAAUCAAAUCAUUGAGAACAAUAUGGAGAUUCAAGAGAAUCUGUGUUUGGUCGGUGGUAUCCCGUCGAUUAUGAGAUUCUCUGGUCGUGACUACUCACCGUCCAUUCGUUUGGAGACUGCUUCGUUCAUGUUCAUCGCUUGCAAAGGUCUGCCAAUUCUAGUGGAUUUCCUCUUGACACCCUAUGUCGAGUCGAAACGUCUUGUCUGCAUGGCAAUCGACGCCAUCGUAAAUGUCUUUGAACUUCAAUCGCCAACACCAAAGAACGAUUUCUGUCGUCUUUUCUCCAAGGUCGGAUUGCUGCGCGCUCUCGGUCAGGUGCUGUCCGACGUCAUCACCGACCCACCCAGCGACCUCGCCAACGCCAACAGCUACCCCGACAAAGUAAUCAAUCUACUCAUAAUGUUUUCCUCAGCGGAUUCAGUCGUGCGUAGAUCAAUGUCGUCGGUUCCAGUCAUCGAAGGCAUCCUCUCCGCUCUGCCAAAGUUAUCGUCGGACCAGCUCGUCAAGGUUCUCAAGUCCAUCAAACAGAUCAGUAUGGAUCACAACACACUGGCCAACUUGCAAGCCGCCGGAACUAUCCGCACGCUUAUCCCAUACCUCGGACGCAAUCACUCUGCCGAGAUCCAAAACCAAGUUAUCAAUACGAUGUUCCAUCUGUGUCGUAUUGAUGCCGAGCGUCAGUACCAAGCGGCAGUCGACGGAAUCAUCCCCCACCUCCAAUUUUUCAUCUCCACUCACUCGCCGCUCAACCAGUUUGCCUUGCCUAUCAUCUGCGACUUGGCGCACUCGAAGCGUGCACGUGCCGAACUCUGGAAGUACGACGGUGUCACUUUCUAUCUCGACUUGCUCCAAGAACGUUACUGGCAAGUCAACGCACUCGAUUCGCUCGCCGUCUGGAUUGCCGACGAGACAUCGCGUGUCGAGAAAAUCAUCGCCGCCAAGGCAUCGAUAGAGAAACUGAUCCAAACAUUCACCACAGCAGAGUCGCAGUCGUUUGCCGGUGUGCUCGAGCCAUUCCUCAAGAUUGUUACGACAUCGAGCAUUAGUCUAAGAAGAUCAUUUGCGAAAUUAAUAAUACAUAAUAAUAAUAAUAAUAACUAA